AUGGGGAUUUUUAGCCAUGAUGACCACAGCAAUACAACUUGCCCGAUGCCGAAACAUCUUGUUGCUGAUGCACCUGAUAACAUUGUCGGUGACCUUACUUUUCACCAAUUUAAUAUGAUCCUCUCUGGCGCUUGCACGGGCCUCACUUGUUUGGUGAUAUUCACGUCUAUGUUUAACCAUGCAAUUCACUUGAGCGAUCCGAAUAAACAGACUAAAAUUAUGAGAAUCGCCUCUAUGUUCCCGAUUUACUCGAUCUUCUCAUUGCUUUCGAUCUGUUUCCCAGACACAUAUGUCUAUCUAAACGGAUGGGUCAAGUUCUUCCAAGGAAUUGCAAUGUAUUCCUUUUUUAUGCUGCUAUGCGACUUUCUUGCGCCCAACGACCGACACCGAGUCGAGUUCUUUGCAUCUCUCAGAAUUCCCAGCAGAUUCGAUAAAAGCAAUACAACAGACGGACUGUCGUGGUUGAAGCGAAGUUGGUUUGUGGUUCUGCAGUAUCCAUUUGUCGCAUUUAUUCUCGCUAUAGCGCAAUGCAUUACGGAGGCACAAGGGACCUACUGUCUCGAAAGUAAAGAUAAACAUUUUGCUCAUUUCUGGAUAAACAUUAUUGGAAUCUUAUCGCUCGGCGUAGCGAUCGUCGCCAUUCUCGGAUUUUACACCAACCUCAAGGGUUAUAUGAAAGAGCAUCAACCACUGCUUAAGCUCCUCGCUUUUAAGCUUGUUGUUGGUCUUGAGUUCUUGGAACAGAUUAUAUUUACGAUUCUGCACUCCACCGACGCCCUCAAGCCGUCCGAUACGCUAAGCUACGCAGACACAAUCAUAGGCUUGCCCACCUUGCUUAUCUGUCUUCAAAUGGUUCCAUUCGCAUUUUUAUUUUACUACGCGUACUCUGUCAAGCCAUACAAGACGUCAAAUGCCCGUGUCAAGCAUAGCAGUGAUUCUCAACAAUAUCUUGCCGUUGUCGACAGCGAGACCGGUGGCCACUACAUCAAACGGUACCAGGGAGGCCCGUUGGGGGUUUUCGCAUGGCUUGCAUUGUUCAACCCGGUAGAUUUCUUCCGAGAUAUCAAAUCGGCAUUUGAUAUGAUCCACAAUGCUAGGACAGGCCCAUCGAGGGAGGCCGGAAUGAACAUGCCAGGUUACCGGAUGUAG